AUAAUUUUACUAGCUUUAUCGUGAGAAUUCGGUGAAAUGCCUAAUUUGCCGAACAUAAGCCGGUGUUGACCGGCAGUACAGACCGCAUCGAAGUUUCGGUCGCCCCCGCAGUGUCGACAGCUUUGCCGAAGCACUGAAAAAACAAACAUAUGUUCAUUGAGAUUUUACUCGUAGACUUUGCCGUCAAUAUGUGGCUUACCAGUACUAUAUCUGAUAAUAUAAAGUUAAGAUAUUUACAAUACUAACAUAUUCCAAGGUUGGUGGUUUUCACAUAAGUCGAUGCUUUAUCCACAUUGUCUGUGUGUAAUAUUGAUUCAAUGUGUGAACUGUGGUUAUUUUUGUCACUUGAGUGUGCAUUGACGUAAGAAAAUCGCUUCAGUAGGUCUGUGCUCGAGUUGUUUGUGAAACUGAGCGUCGUCUUUGUGUGCUUGAACGUCGAUCAUUCUCUUUCCUCACGAAAGGAGCUUGUAGAAGACUAAAGUGGUACUACGCGAGCACAACGAAACUGCAAAAUUUGCCAAUUCGACAUUUCACUGAUCGUUCAAUAUUCUUUUGUCAAGGUUCAGUCCAUAAGCACCAGUAAGGCAAGUGACUUGUCAAGUAUGACGUGCAAUGUGAACGAGCGCACCGUCCAACCGUCCUUGUUGGUUCUAAGCCGUGCUGUUUACGCGAAACGGCAGCAAGACGGCACGUUUCACUCGGGUUCCGUCGAGACUAAACUUCCCGAUGGACGAUUUAUGGUGCAUUUCACUGAUGGCUCUUGUGAGAAGGUGCCUGAAAGAAAUAUAACAUGGCUGGGAUUUUGGGGACUGCCUCCGUCAAGCUGGCCCACGCGACCUAUCGUUAAUAUUGCUGGACAUCUUAACGAAGUUGAUUCUGCUACGACACAGGAUCAUGCAACAGGAAAAAGCAUUUCAGACAGUUGUCCCGGUCUUAUAAAAACGAUAGGAAAUACCCAUACGGCAAGUUACCGAGCAGAAACUCAUUUCAACACGGUGAAUGAAAAAGCGAAUGAUUUACGUUGUGUUGUCGAUCAUACGAGAAAGACGGACGUAUCAAAGAUCGACAGUGCCAUUUUUUUAAAAAAAUCCAUAAAACACGACACUCCACGUAUAUUACCGGAUAAUCUCUCUGCGAAUCAAAAAAGAUUGAGUGUUUUAAGAAUUUGUCAUGUGGACAAAAGCAAGAAAGACUUGGUGGUUAAGAAACAGGAGAAUCGUAAUGAUGUUGAAACAGAUCAUGGUCCUUCAGCCAUCAAGAGAUCGCCUCCAUUAAAAGAAGAAACGAUAACGAGGAAAAGAAAGGCCUCUCCGGAAUACUUCGUCAAAAAUGAAAAAUUUGAGCAUAUAAGCCCUUAUUUAGCCCAAAUUUAUCAAAAAUACGGUGAAGCGUUUCAUAUUUCAACGUGCCCAGACACUCGCGUGAAUGCCGUUCCUAAGAGUUUCAGAGUCGAGUCACGACCAAAAAAACGUUCUGAAAAUAAGAAAUGUCGAAAGGUGUAUGGUAUUGAAAACAGAGACAUUUGGUGCACACAAUGUAAAUGGAAGAAAGCUUGUAGUCGUUUCGCUACGAAUGAUAAAACUGAUCCUUCCAUGAUGUACAUCACGGGCCAUGAUGCCAUGCAUUGUCCCGUUUAGAGUGUAAAAUAGGAAUGAGCAUGAAUAAGUGGUCGUUGUUAUGGUUUCACACUAAAAACAUGACAUACGUAUUCAUUUUAAUGUCGUAUCGAAAAAAACAUAGGCACAAAUUGUUGGAGAACUUGGACUGUCUUACUGUGUCGUCGAAAUAUUUGCAAGUUUAUUGGUUUUGAUAUUUGUACAGACGAUUGUACCAGUGAACUGUUUACUAAAACUGAUCACAGGAAUUCACCUUCGUUCUGUGUCUACUAUACACCGAUCCCAAAGAGUUCCCUCUCUCCUUGUGUCUGUUAUGCACCGAUCCCAAGGAGUUCCCCCUCUCCUUGUGUCUGUCAUGCACCGAUCCCAAAGAGUUCCCCCUAGCUCUUUAUGUUUUUUAACAUUGUUAUUUCUUGUCACAAAUACAAUGUGUGCUUCUAUUUCUGGUCGUUCUUGUUGUGAUGGGAUAGAGUUACCUUAUAAAGAUAUAACUCUAAGUGUGUGUGUGUUUUUUGUUGUUAAAUUUAUAAAAUGGAAUGUAUCAUAAUUGAUGUCCUUUAACGUGUGUAUUUUUCGCGAAUGUUACAUACGAAAGUUUUUUAUAAUGAAGUAUAAAUAUGUUCCAAAGAUACGACGUUUGUUGAUUAAAAUGCGAAAACCUUAAAAAGUA